CUCAGGGCCGGGGCCGUGUCGCACAGCUCCCCCAGUCCCUCCCUCGCCAGCCCUUUGGCGGUCACCGGCGGGGUUAGGCUGCCUCGUCAGCGAGUCGGACUCCCCCGCCCCUCCCCCCGCCCCGAGAGCGACUUGGGCUCGCCCCCCGCAGCGACCAUGAGCGACCAAGAGAGUCCAGAAGAAAUGGCUGUUGUGAAGUCUGAGAAGGAAGAAGAAAGUGCUUGUAGUAGAAGUAGUAGUAUUGGAGGCAAUGGUGAGGGUCAGGAAUCCCAGCCUUCACCCCUGGCUCUGCUGGCAGCCACAUGCAGCAGGAUUGAGUCUCCCAAUGAGAACUCCAACAGCUCCCAGAGCCAGCAGGGGGGCUCAGGUGAGCUGGACCUCACAGCUGCUGCCGCUCAGCUUGCCCAGACGACAAAUGGUUGGCAAAUCAUUUCCACUGUCCCUGGGACAUCCACCUCCUCCAAGGAGCAAGGGAGCAAUGGCGGCGAGUCGUCACCAAAAAACCGACCUGUGACGGCUGGGCAGUAUGUGGUCGCUGCUGCCCCCAAUUUGCAGAAUCAGCAGGUGCUGACCGGUUUGCCUGGUGUUAUACCUAAUAUUCAGUACCAGGUGAUCCCACAGUUUCAGACUGUCGAUGGGCAGCAGCUGCAGUUUGCCACCACCCCAGCCCAAGUCAAUGUCCAGCAGGAUGCCUCUGGCCAACUUCAGAUCAUCCCUGGGACAAAUCAACAGAUCAUUACAAACCGAGGCGGGACAGGCAAUAUCAUAGCCGCCAUGCCAAAUCUGCUGCAGCAGGCUGUCCCAAUCCAGGGGGUUGGCUUGGCCAAUAACAGCCUCUCAGGACAAACUCAAUAUGUGGCAAAUGUCCCAGUGGCUUUAAAUGGUAAUAUCACCUUGCUGCCUGUCAGUAGUGUUGCUGCCAGCUUGGCGCCCACCUCUCAGACCGUCACUUUAAGCAGCUCUGGUUCUCAAGACAGCAGCUCUCAAAUAGUGACUUCUGGUGCUGCAAUCAGCUCUUCCAACAUAGUGACGUCCCUGGCCAGCUCUGGUGCUUUUUUCACCAAUGCCAACAGCUACUCUACCACGACCACAAGCAGUAACAUGGGCGUCAUGAACUUUUCCAGCAGUGGGACCAUGGGAACAAACGUUCAGGUCCAGACACCCCAGAGAGUUAGCGGCAUUCAGAAUUCAGACUCUCUACAGAACCAGGUUUCUGGCGUGGCGCUUCAGCAAGGUCAGCAGAAGGAUGCCGAUCAAAAUCAACAGUCCCAGCAGCAGAUCCUAGUACAGCCUCAGCUUGUCCAGGGAGGGCAGACCAUUCAGGCCCUGCAAGCUGCUCCACUCUCUGGCCAGACCUUUACCACCCAAGCCAUCUCCCAAGAUGCUUUGCAGAACCUUCAGCUUCAAGCACUCCCCAACUCUGGGCCAAUCAUUAUUCGAACACCUACUGUGGGGCCAAACGGGCAGGUCAGCUGGCAGACUAUUCAGCUGCAGAAUCUUCAGGUGCAGAACCCCCAAGCUCAGACAAUCACCUUGGCCCCAAUGCAGGGAGUAUCUCUGGGGCAGACGGGGCACACCAACACGCUCACGCCAAUAGCCUCUGCCUCGCUCCCCAGUGGCACUGUCACUGUCAAUGCCGCUCAGCUGUCUUCUAUGCCAGGCCUUCAGACCAUUAACCUCAGUGCCUUGGGAGCGUCUGGAAUCCAGGUACAUCAGCUACAAGGGCUGCCGCUGGCUAUAGCAAAUGCCACUGGUGAUCAUGGUGCUCAGCUGGGCCUGCAUGGUGGAGGGGGUGACGGAAUGGGAGACGAAAACGCUACUGUGGAAGAAGGGGAGACUAGUCCCGACCCACAGCCCCAAGGCCGAAGGAUGCGGCGGGAAGCCUGCACCUGCCCAUACUGCAAAGACAGCGAAGGAAGGGGUUCUGGGGAUCCCGGUAAGAAGAAGCAGCACAUCUGCCACAUCCCGGGCUGCGGGAAGGUGUAUGGCAAGACGUCCCACCUGCGGGCUCACCUCCGGUGGCAUACCGGGGAGAGACCGUUCGUCUGCAGCUGGAUGUUCUGUGGGAAGCGCUUCACGCGCAGUGACGAGCUGCAGCGGCACAAGCGCACACACACAGGUGAGAAGAAAUUUGCCUGCCCGGAGUGCCCAAAACGCUUCAUGAGGAGCGACCACCUGUCCAAGCACAUCAAGACCCACCAAAACAAGAAGGGAGGCACAGCCAACAAUGUGGCCAUGAACGUCUCUGCGGUCUCCAUGGACACCGGGACUUCGGAGGGAAACAGUGGGCCAACCCCAUCGGCCCUCAUCGCAACCAACAUGGUGGCCAUGGAAGCCAUUUGUCCCGAGGGCAUCGCACGCCUUGCCAGCAGCGGCAUCAACGUCAUGCAGGUGGCAGAUCUUCAGUCCAUCAACAUCAGUGGCAAUGGAUUUUGAGACUGUGAGAACCACAAGACAUGGACGAUGUACAAAUCUGGGGUUCAAGGUAGUGUGCUGAGAGGGUAGAGUCAGUUACACCUUCUAGCACGAGAGCCCAGUUCCUCUCUGCCAGAAAUGCUACCUGAAAACAAGGCCCGGCGAUCGGCUCAGACCUCUGAGGCCCAGUGACUACAUGGGGAUGCCAGAGCUUUUUUUUUUUUUGACUCGACUUUCCCUCCUCCCUCAUAACUUCUCCCUUUCCCUCAGUAGCUACCCCUGAUGCCAACAUGCCUUGGUAAAUGUAUAUGAUCAUUGAAAUACUUUUUAGUGCAAAAAAAAAAAAUUCUAUAUUAUUAUAUAUAUAAAAAUAUAAAAUGUGUUCAUUUGAGCAAGGAAGAAAAUUGCUGCGACCAAAGUGGUUUUGGUCUAUUUUGGAUGCCUUAUCUUUGAACAGAUGACCCCGUGGGUAGUUAAUAAGACACUACCCAAGCUGUUGUUCAGAUGCUAUAUUACAUUUUACAUUGUAACCUUAAAAAAAAUUUAGCCUUUUGUAUUCUCUGCUUUUAGGUUUCUUUUUUUCCUUAAUUUUUUUAAUUAUUUGGGUGAGGUUUUCUUCAUAUAAAACAGUCACCCUCUUCCUUCCCGUCACCCCUUCGUUGCUUUAUUUUAAAUUGUAUUUGCUGCAGAGAUUCUCCUAUCCGACGUAUUUUAACCUUGCUCUUUCAUUCUGAGCAUAAGUGUACGUGUCAAAUUGAUUGUAAAGGUUUUUGUGCGGGUUCACUCGAGCUAUUUACCAGAAGAGGGGCCGGGACCCCAUAAUGCGUUCUGAGAUUUUUGCGGGGGGGGGGGGGGAAAGGGGAGUCUUGGGUAAAUUUAUUUUUCUGCAGUCGGUCUUAAAAACAAAAUGCCAACGUCGGUGCGACCAGGGCUGGUGAGAUGAAGACACCUUGAGUGUCGAGUGGCAAAAAAAUAAGGAACUCGCUGAAAAUGCAGUGGAGAAGAGACCACCGAUAACACUGUGUCUAUCCAGAGUAAUGUGCCUAGUCUGGUUAAAAUGUAGCGUGAGGGGAUGCCUGUUGGCAUCCCUAAUCUGAGGGUUCCUGCAGAGCAGCUGAUGCUAAUGCAGAGGGUGAGUUGAAAUUGACUGUUGGUCAGACUGGCAGGCUGCUGGUACAUUUGUAAGUGGCAGGGCGUUUGUCUGCCAGACGUGGACUUCAGGCAUAGGGUGCUUAGUGGACAUGUCACACGGCCCCGUGCUGGGGCGGUUUGUUAAUGGGAGGCGUGUCUCUUAUUCAGAUUAAAUCAUCACAUCAUCUUGCAGGAUUUUUUUUUCUUCCAACACUACAUCGCUUUUCUGGCUCCAAGGCGUCCCUGUUCUUUCAGAGAUUUCCAAACCAGUAAUUGGAAACAAAGGAAUUUCCUGGCCAUCUUUUCCUCUUUCUUUUUCAAGCCCAUGGUGGGCUGGUAGUACUGAACCCUGCUAGACUCCUCUGUCCAACGCAUUCUUCGUCCCCCGCCCUUCUCUUCCUGCUGCAGCCACAACAAAGUGGGUGUUCCUGAUGUCCCCUCCAUUUCCCCUAGCUCUUCUGUGAAGCCCAGUUGAAACGGAGCGAGCUGUCCUUACAACAGCAUAAAAUUGCAGGAAGAGGACAUCGUGCACUGUAGCCUGUGGGGGGGCUUCAGGAUUUAGAAUCCCUCCAGUUGAGAAUUCAGUCACCUUCAGUCACCUUCAUGUAUGUCACCCACCCUUCCUCGGCCCGCAAAUCAUCCUUGAUAACGAAGCUGCGUGUUAUUCAUGCACUCGCGCAUUUCAGCCCUUGGUGACUUCUUUAGUAAAUCUUUGGUUCAGAGACACCUGAUGGAAAGACAAGGGCUUGAAGAAUCCUCUAGUAAUAGGGUGAAUUUUAUUUAAUUAUGACAAUAAGCAGUGUUCUGGUGUGUUUUCAUAGAAAAAUAAAUGCGGGAAACUGCCAUAUACUCCAACACCCUGGUGUUCGAUAGCUUAUUCGUGCAGGCAGGUGGUGGUGGUUUUAAUUUGUAAACUGGAUCUUCUGUUGGAUCCCUUUGCUAGGGAAGGUAGAAACAUUGGGGUUUGCAUUAACCAGCAUCAAGGCUAAGCUGCAACAGAGUCCUUGUCUGGAAGAGUGGGAGGGAAAGGUCUGUGUCUAAUGUGUGGAAAGAUUUUUAUAUUUGGAACUCUGUUGGAAAGUGCAGCAGCUUUGGAAGUUAAAAAUUAAAACCCCUUUGUAUGGGUUGCUGUUAAUUAUGUAACUGUAUAUAAUUCCUAUCAAAGCAUUUAAAACAAAAAUCUGGUGUUGCGUGCAGAGGAUAGUGUUAGGCCAGUGUUAAUUGUUCCUCUCAAAAAGAGGAAGGAAAGAGGUAAGUAGCAGGUGGGAGGGCAGAUAUUACAGUGGAAUCAGUGUCUCUCUUCACAUUUUGGUCCCAUGGUUCUUGCUAAUUUUCAGCACACCCGGGGGUGUUGGACUCGUUUCAAUCCCCAUUUCAUGCUUUUUGCUGGGAGGCUUCUAGGGAGUUUUUUAUGCAUGUGCAUGGAAUUGCAGGAAGACCACCUGUUUGGUAGGGAGAAACCCCAAACUAUGUUGGAGUGAAAUAAAACUUUAUAUGAACCUGAAUCACACCUGUAAAUGGUGCUUACUUUCUCUCUAACUAAAACCAAGUGUGAUUCUGCUGUAUAUUUUAUUAACACCUUGCAUAGAAACACUUCUUUUAACCUGUUCUGCCUAAGGAGAAUACACUUGAAAUGAGGCAAAUGCUGCGUGCUUCGGGGCUUUAUAGGAAGGUUCAGGAAGAACAUCCAUCAUUAAUUAUUUCAAAAACUCUCCUAGACCAGUUGCUGAGAGCACAGAGCCAGUUUUGAUAAGAGAGCCAUUCAUUGGCACCAACACUGAGAGGUGGUUUUUGCUGAGUCUAGUACAGCAGGUUUCUUCCCUAUUCCAGUGUUGCUUGGAAAGUGAGGGAGGUGAUGCAUCAAGGCUUUUGGGUCAGGAGUAGCAAAUGAGACCACGGUGUUCCAAUCAAAUAGAAUUUGAACUGUGUGCGCCUCUCGGAAGAUUAUUGCUCGGACACUGCAGUUCUGGGAUCUAAGCAUCUGCCCUGUGUCAAACCAGCUGAGUCCUAGAGAACGGAAUUCUGGGCUAGGUGGGAAAACAGAUGUGUUAGUCAGACUAGUAUCAUGGGGAUCACCAUAAAAGAUCAGUCUAAAAUAACCAGGGGCUUCUAUGCUGCUAGUUUACAAUCCCACAGACGGGCAACUUCUCUGUGAAUUCCCUUUUCUCUUCCAUCUUUCCCCUCUUCAUGGGAUGUGAUGCAACCCAGAACACCAGGAGCGGGUAUUUGUAAUCAAGCUGCCAUUAAGACACACAGGCUGACCAUGGUUGCCAAGGUAGCUGGGCUCUGAAGCGCCGAUCACUCAGAAAUAACUUUUUUUAGUGUAAUGCAGACCUCGGCACUGAUCCGCAAUUGUCUUGUUUGCUUGAAAAUCCUGUUGUUUUUUUUAACUCUAUAUAUGCAAAUUCCCUGCAGCUGCGGGAUAUUACAGGUUCUUUUUUUCAGAUCUGAGUUAAAUUUUUGGCAAGGUCUGUCUGUCAGCCAGCUCCCUUGUCUUCCUUCUGGGUGUGGCUUGCUCACUUGGGUUUGGAGAGAGAUUUCUUCCACAGCGGGAUGUGAGAGUUUUUUGUACCUUUACCAGUUCAGGACUGGUUGGUGACCUUUCCUCACCAGACUCUGUGUCUGUGUUGUCGGAGCAUCAGCAUGCCUUGUCAGUUUCAAACAGCAGUACCUCCCCUUUGCACCUGCAAAAGGCCUCCUUGUCUUCAAAGCAGGAAUUGGUGCAUGCCGGCAGGAGGCAACGUCCUGCCAAACUGUGAAGUGUGAACACAUUUUUACCUUUUUAAAAAAAUAAAUACAGGGAGGGAGGAAUCUUAGCUAUCACUGUAAAUUCUUCAGGCUGAUUUCUUUCAUCUCUCUAGCUCUAUUUUUGGAUUUGUAUAUUUUUAUAUAGGAAACUUUAAACAUUUGUAUUUUUUUAACAAUCUGUGAAGCACUAUGAAUUCCAGUUGUGUCAAAUGUCAAUAUCUUCCACAGCUUGUGAAUACUGGAAGCUACGGAUGGUUAGUAGAAAGCAGUGUUUGGAAAAAAAACAAAAAAAAAACACGUUUCAGUAACUCUGCCUCGUUGGGCUAUUUGGUUGCUGGAGAACAUUGCCAAUUCCUCCUUGUCACUUGCAUUCUUUAAUGUACUGAGGUCCAAGGUAGAUUUAGAGAAGUUCUGGAAACUACGCCCGUUACAUCACUCGGUGACGACAUUGUCAAGUAGUUAUCCAGUAUGUCAGAUGCAGCAGAGUGCUGCGGGGAGUCCUUGUCUCCAUUGAGAACAUAAUGUACUUUCAUCUUCCGUCCACUAAUCCAGAUUGUCACUUAAGAAGCCUAGUGUAACCUGAGAAGGGUUCGAAAGGAUCCCUAAUGGUAAUCUCCUUGUCCUUGUGGAGCUGUGUAACCUAAGUAGAAGGGAAAGUGGUGGUCACCCUGGAUGGUAUUGUCUUGUUUCUAAGCGCUGUCUUUGAGGAAUAUUCUUUGGACCGAGGUUUCUACUGGUGUCAUUGUGACGGCGCUGAACAGGUCCCAGCAAUGGAAAAUUCACCACAGAGGAAUGGUGCUUUUUCCCCCGCCCCCCAUUAGGGAACCAGAAUUAAUCUGUAGUUUCCUGUGGAAACAAAUCGCCCUGCACGUGUCUCCGCUCCUCAGCGAUUUAGGCCUGGUCUGCACUUAAAAAUCAGACCCAUUACACCUAGUGACAUCGCUCAGGGCUGUGAAAUACAGUGGGCCCUGAGUGCUGUAGAUAGGUCAUCCUAACUCCCGGUGUAGAUGGGGCGAGGUCAGUGGGAUCUUCUGUUGACCUAGCUACCGCCUCUGAGAGGCGAAUUAGCUCCAUUGACAGAAGGAGUUUUUCUGUCUACGUAGGAAGUAUGGAUGCUUCGGCACAGCCGCAGCAUUGCAGGUGUAGUAUAGACGUGGCUAUACCGCGUGUCAAAUCCAAGAGCAGCAGCAGCAGCACCAACGUAGGCGUCAGGGCAACUGUUUAUAGAUUGGAGAUGGAAAACAAGCAGAAGAAUGCGGGUAUGGACCGUUCCUUGAACCUAUGUGAAAUGGCUGGUCCUAGCUGCAAGAGCGAUGCAGUUCUUGCUCAAAUCCAGGCAAACUAGGAGAGAUGUUUGCUAAAGGCUAAUUCCCAGUGUCCCCACCCCACCCCGGUCCUGUUAACAUACACGAUGGACCAGCGAAGACAAAGAAUGUAAAGUAUCUGAGAACCUCGGUACAACCCCAUAGCCUCUCUGGCCCAGAUCCACGAAGGGUUUUGGCUCCUAACUUUCAUUGAUUUCAGUGGAAGUUAGAACCCAAAAUACCUUUUGUGGAUCUGGGCCUUUGUGUCUUAGAUGAGUCCAGCUCUUUGAGGGCAGAGGGAGAAUGUACUCGUGAGCUGCUGCAGCUCCUGGGGAUCUGAAGCUACUCUCCAUUUGCAAAAGAAAAUUUCACCCGUGGGCUUAGAAAUGAGAUUUCUCCAUCGCUGCUGACCAGCCACAGCUCACGCGGGAGCCUCGCUGCCAUUGCUCCGCUCGCUUUGGCAUGCGUUAACCUCUCCGUUCUCAUUAGACAGUCGCUCGUUAAUACCCAUCACCCUCCUCUGCUAAUCCGGCUUGCCCUGUUCACCCAUCUGCUCUCGAGGGUCUGGGAGCUGGCUCGCAGCAGGCUACGUCUCAUGCUGCACAAAGUUGCCACGUUCCAUGUGCCAUACUGGGCUUUGUAUCCUAGGGUGGUAAGUUUGGGUUGUUUCGUGGUGGUUUGGGCAGCAAUGCUGAGGGCUGCUGUUGCAGACUCAGUGGGGGAAAUCUUGACCUCGUUUACAACCCAUUGACGUCGGCGUGUCUGUUGCUUCCAUUAAAUGAAUUGCACUGUUCACCCAAGUACAUGACUGGCUGUGUCCGUGUCAGGCUCUCAGGUGCACAGGGAGCGCCUGUAUACAUUUUAGAUCUGCAGUUCCCUGUGGAAUUAACUGUGCCUUUCUAUACAGGGGUUCCAAGUGGCCAAACCAUUUGCAGGCAGGAUUGCACUGGGCUGUUUUUACCAGUUUUUUUUUUACCCCACGAUGGCUCAAAAUGGUCUCUUCCAGCUUUAAUCUACCCAGCCCUGUUUUUUCCUUAAACUUGAUUAGCAAUUCACUUCCCCCACCCCGCCUGCCGGGGAAAUAACGUGUCCACUAUUCUAUGCAUUACAGUGGGGUUGUGUGCAUGGGGCGAGGCUAGUUUAGGCCAAUGCCUGUUGCUUUUGUGAGUUAACCUGCGUCACUGCCCCCCUGAGGGUUAGUGAAACCAUUUCACCAGCACUUCCUGUAGUUCCCUGGUCCCUCCUCCGACCGCCUCCCCCAUCAUUCCAAGCAGGCGCCUCGAUUCGAUUCACCUUUUUGGGUGCUGAGAGCACACGCUUCGCGCAACUUGUAACACUGGCAAUAAUUCUCUCGCUGUGUAAAGACUGUUUUAUCCUGUAAUAAUGUCUCUGUGCUUUUUUUUAAUCCAAUUGCCGAUGUAAUGAUGUCUGAAACACAUUUUAAAAGUGCUAUUUUUUUUUUUGUACAAAGAUUAGAUUAAAAUGUAGUUUGGCUCCUUUGUAAACCGAUUACAACUUUUUUUUUUUAAGGUAAAUAAACAAGCGUCUCCGGA